GAAAAGAUCAGAGCGCCUCGCAGAGCUCCUGAUGACCGACCACUUUUUCCAGCCAAGCAGGAGGAACUCGAGAGCUAGCUGAGACCGACUUUUACCACAGCCCUGAAACGAAGGAGCCCGGGAGACAACUUGAUGCAAGAAAAUGCCCCGUGACUGCUACCUCCAGCUGCUGGUGGUGACCUGGGUGCUGCUGCUGUUGACCACAGCUUUUGCCAUGGAGUGCCCCAAGAUCAAGGUGGGGACGUGCAAGGACUGCAUCCAGUCCGGCCCCGGCUGUGCCUGGUGCAAGAAGCCGAAUUUCACCAAAGCCGGAGAACCAGACUCUAUCCGCUGCGACACCAUACAGCAGCUGGAGCAGAAGGGAUGCCCACCUGAUGACAUUGAGUUUCCAGUCAACGAAAUUAAAGCGACAAAAGCCAGUGCCUUAAGCAACAAGAUACAGCUGACUCCCCAAGAGGUGCACCUGAAAUUAAGGAUAGGCCAGCCUGCUACAUUUGACGUGAGCUUUCGUCGUGCCAUGGGUUACCCCAUUGAUCUCUACUACCUCAUGGACCUCUCCUACUCCAUGCUGGACGACCUGGAGAACGUGAAGAAGCUGGGAGGGGAACUGCUCAGAGCACUGGAAACCACCACCUCCUCUCGCCGCAUAGGAUUCGGCUCCUUUGUGGACAAGACAGUGCUGCCCUUUGUGAACACACACCCGGAGAAGCUGAAGAACCCCUGUCCGAACAAGGACAAGAACUGCCAGCCUCCCUUUGCCUUCAAGCACAUUCUCUCACUGACCGAUGAUGCCAAAAAGUUUGAGAGCGAAGUGGGGAAGCAGUUCAUCUCUGGGAACCUGGAUGCCCCGGAGGGGGGGCUGGACGCAAUGAUGCAGGCUGCAGUGUGUGGGGACUUGAUCGGCUGGCGCAACGUGACCCGCUUGCUGGUGUAUGCUACCGAUGAUGGCUUCCACUUCGCUGGCGAUGGCAAACUUGGGGCCAUCCUCACCCCCAACGAUGGCAAGUGCCAUUUGGAGAAUAACAUGUACAAAAAGAGCAAUGAGUUUGACUACCCAUCUGUCGGCCAGCUGGUCCAAAAACUCGCCGAAAAUAACAUUCAGCCCAUUUUUGCCGUCACCAGUAAAAUGGUGGAUGUUUAUAAAAAGCUCAGUGAAAUGAUCCCGAAGUCAGCAGUGGGGGAACUGAACGAAGACUCCAGCAACAUCAUUGAACUCAUCCAAGUGGCCUACAAUAACCUGUCCUCGCGAAUCAUCCUGGACCACUCCACUCUGUCAGAUGUCCUAGAUAUCAAAUAUGACUCCAUAUGCAAUAAAGACAAGACAGUCUUUGAUGAAGCAAGAGGACAGUGUGACAACGUUAAGAUAAAUGAUGAGGUCACCUUCAAAGUCAAGAUCACAGCAAAGGAGUGCAUCAAAAGCCAGUCCUUCACCAUCCGACCAUUGGGCUUCACAGACACACUUACUGUUCACCUGGACAGCAACUGUAACUGCAGCUGCCGCGAACAGCGUGACCCGAAAGACUGCAGUGGGAAAGGCAGUAUUGUUUGUGGGAUUUGCAGCUGCAAUUCAGGUUAUAUUGGGAAGAACUGCGAGUGUGAUACCAAAGGAAAGACCAGCAAGGAGCUGGAAGGCAGCUGCCGAAAGGACAACACCUCCGUCAUCUGCUCAGGGCUGGGGGACUGUGUGUGCGGGCAGUGCAUCUGCCACACCAGCGAUGUGCCUGGCAAGCAGAUCUAUGGCACCUUCUGUGAAUGUGACAACAUGAACUGCGAGUUUCACAAUGGUUCCCUGUGUGGUGGCAAAGAGCGAGGGUACUGUGACUGCGGCGAGUGCAAAUGCACAUCUGAAUACCAGGGUAGCGCGUGCCAGUGCAAGAAGUCAACAGAUGGCUGCUUGAACAUUCGCAGGAACGAGUGCAGCAACCGCGGGAAAUGCCACUGCAACCGGUGCCAAUGCAGGGGGGGCUACCAGCCCCCUCUGUGUGAAGAGUGCCCCGGCUGUCCAUCGCCCUGUGGCAGAUAUGUUUCCUGUGUGGAGUGCAAGGCCUUCUUCAGCGGGCCAUUUGAAAAGAACUGCUCUGCAGCCUGCCAAAACAUCAAUAUUUCUGAAAAGCCACAAGCAGGAAGCAGGCAGUGCAGAGAGAAGGACUCCCAGAACUGCUGGAUCACCUUCCGCAUGUUCCAGGAGGAUGGGGAGGAGAUAUACACUGUGAAUGUUGAUCCUACGAAAGAGUGCCCGGAGCCCCCCAACAUUGCCCUGAUUGUGGGUGGCACCAUCGCCGGCGUGGCCCUCAUCGGUCUGGUGCUCCUGCUAAUCUGGCGGCUCUUGACGGAGCUGUUUGACCGCCGGGAGUACCGCAGGUUCGAGAAGGAGAAGUCCAAGGCCAAGUGGAAUGACGCCGAUAACCCUCUGUUCAAAAGUGCCACCACCACAGUCGUGAACCCCAGAUUCAAUGGAGAAUGAAAUGGAGCAGCACCGGACAGCACUAGGAUGCACCAUCAAAUAAGGAAAUGCCAAGCUAAGGAAAUGUCAAACUAAGGCUUCCACCUCUUAUUCUUUAUACUGUUGGUUUGUUCCCUUCUUCCAAGAGGUAUCAAGUAAAAGUCAGGCUUUGGCUAAGGGAUCACUCUGUGCCUAUCUCCUUGCACAGCUCAUACCGGUUUUAUUAGCAGAGCUGGGAGAAGGGAACAGCACGAGCUUUGCUGUGGAUGGGACUACAGAGUAGGAUUUUGCCAAUGGGCACAGGCAACUGCUCCUGUGUCAGUCACCAUCUGUCUCAACUCGUGAUGCUGAUUUUGCUUUGUGACAGGACCUUCUGACACCGAGCCCCCAAAUCAGCUUAAUGUACAGAGUGCUUCCAGCUUUGAUUUGGAGCUGGGAUUUCAAAAAUGCCACUUCCCUUCUGUUCUAACAGGCUCUGCUCCAAGGCUACUUUGUGCCCAGUCUUUCCCUAUUGUGUUGCUCUCUGCCGUGUUGUGUUUGCAGUUCAUUUCUAAAGCACUCACUGCUAAAUUGAUGUGGAGGGUCCCCCAAGCUAGCAACCUGCUCUGGCAAAGGCACCAGAGGUUACAGUGAACUGAUGGGCAACAAGGGCUCGUGAGUACCUGUGCCUGGAGAUGAAGAGAAGCCAGGGAACAUGCACUGAAUCUUUUUUCCAAAUCAUCAGCUGCUCCCCAGUGUUGCUCCACUCUCAGACCUACCUCAGGGUCCUCUAUGUUUGUAGUUGGGUUCCUGCAAGCUUUGCUUACCUCCACGAGGCCUUGAGCCCUCUGCAUGACAGGGUGGCAAAGAAGCAACUAGUUGAACUGUGAAACAUUAGCAGCCAGAGGAACAAAGAACUUCAAACAUAUUGCUUGGCCAUAGCUUCUUCCUCCCCCAGGGCUAGAUCUCCUCCUUUCUCUGCAGCUCAUCAGACACACAGAGGUCCAGGCAUACAAAACAACCAGCAGUACCAGAAAGCAUCUCCAGCUCAGCGCUAUUUCAAACAGUGCACAACAGUUAAUUUUUUUUUAUGUUGUGGGGUCAUUCCUGUGAAAUAUCUGUACAAUAUUGCUUUAUGUUUGGGAAUAAUUUGCCUGUAGCUGUAUUUGUAUUAUGUAACACCUCCGUUUGCUCUACAAAUACAUUUAAAGUUAAUAAAAAUUAAUAUAUAAAGUAAA